UUCCGGGUUGAUGGAUGACCUUGAGCCGUCUGGAGCAAUAUGGCGGUUCUCUGGAGGCUGAGUGUCCUCGGCGGUGUCCAAGGAGGCAGAGCUGUAUUCCUCCGAACCCCAGUGGUCAGACCUGCUCAGGUCUCAGCAUUUCUCCAGGACCGACCUGCCCCAGGAUGGUGUGGAGCGCAGCACAUACACCUGUCACCGAUCCGCCAUUCUGAUUCCAAGGCUGCAUCUCUCCACUGGACUAGUGAGAGGGUUGUCAGUGUUAUGCUCCUGGGCCUGCUUCCAGCUGCUUAUUUGAAUCCUUGUUCUGCGAUGGACUACUCCCUGGCUGCAGCCAUUACUCUCCAUAGUCACUGGCAAGUAUAG